GUAACUAACGUUGGAUGUGUAGAACGUCACAUGUUGUUUUUCUGUUCAGUUCAGUCACUCAGUGAUAUGUGUUAUUUACUGUUAAACUGUUACAGAUACCGAAUGGAGAGCUCGGCGCCGGCACUGAAAUAGCGCGAGGAGAUACAGACGAGGUUUUUUAUUUGCGCUUAUAGCACUGAACAUACAACAAGUUAAAGAAAGUGAGAGUUAAGGACACCAGAAUGGCGAGUCCGCCGACGACAGGAGGACACUUAUUUUCUAAUGUGAAUAUUAAUAAUAACAACAUUAAGAAAUGCGGAUACCUGAAGAAGCAGAAGCACGGACACAAGCGGUUUUUCGUGCUGAAGGAGCAGAGCGAGGGCUUCCCUGCCAGACUGGAGUACUACGAGAACGAGAAGAAAUGGAAAAACAAGUCGGCUGCUAAGAGGGUUAUACCUCUGGACUCCUGUCUGAACAUCAACAAGCGAGCGGACGCUAAACACAAACACCUGAUCGCGCUUUACACCAAGGACGAGUACUUUGCCGUAGCUGCUGACAACGAACAGGAACAAGACAACUGGUACAGAGUCUUAACAGAUUUAAUGAACGAGGGGAAAGUGUACGACGGAUCGGCGUCUAAUUCUGCGUCUUCUUUGGUGGGAUUCGAGGAGGCGAACUACGGUAUGAUCACGCCGGUGAAUGCCGCUUAUAAGGAGGUAUGGCAAGUAAAUUUAAAAUCCAAAGGACUGGGUCAGAGUAAGAAUUUAACGGGGGUGUACAGGCUGUGCUUAUCCAGCCGGACAAUUAGCUUCGUAAAACUGAACUCGGAGGUUGCGUCCGUCAGCUUACAGCUCAUGAAUAUCCGGAGAUGCGGCCACUCUGACAGUUUUUUCUUCAUCGAGGUGGGCAGGUCUGCCUCCACAGGACCGGGCGAACUGUGGAUGCAGGCGGACGACUCCGUGGUUGCGCAGAAUAUACACGAGACCAUUUUGGAGGCUAUGAAAGCGAUGAAGGAGCUUUCGGAGUUUAGACCGCGUAGCAAAAGUCAGUCCUCCGGCACAAACCCCAUCUCGGUGCCCACGAGGCGGCACUUAAACAACCUGCCCCCGAGUCAGACCGGGCUUCUCAGGAGGUCGAGGACUGACAGCAUGGCAGCGACGUCGCCUGUCAGCAAGUUCACUUCCUGUCGGAUACGGACUGCCAGUGAAGGGGACGGCACCAUGAUCAGACCCAUGUCAGUGAACAGUAGUCCCAUCAGCCCCAGCACUAACCGGACACACCUGAGCCGGUCCAACACAGUCACCGCCAGGCCCUGUCGGAUGUUUGAAUCCUCCUCACUCCAGCACAGCAAAUCCAUGUGCAUGCCUGUGUCCCACUCCCCACCUUCCGCCGCCAGCCCCGUCAGCCUGUCCUCCAGCAGUGGCAACGGCUCUGCCUCUGAGACCAUCCAGCGGCCGUCAAGCGGCAGCGCCUCCGUCUCGGGGUCCCCCAGUGAUGCCGGAUUCAUGUCAUGUGACGACUACGGCUCCAGCCCGGGGGACGUCAGGCACCAGACGGCUAACCGGAGCAACACGCCCGAAUCUAUUGCUGACACGCCUCCCUCCCGCGAGGGCAGCGACGCGUAUGGCUACAUGACGAUGGAGCGGCCGUCUGGCAGCGUCUUCGGACACAUCUACCGGCGGACGCCCACGGAGGAGGUACUGGACUUGGACAAAGCCUACAGGAAGAGGACAUACUCCCUCACCACCCCAUCCCAGCAGAGGGCGCCAGCGCAGGUGUCGUCCACCUCCUUGGAUGAGUACACACUGAUGAGGGCUACGCAUGGCAACGGGCACUCGGCACGCAGCUCGCACACCACCUCGCCAAAAGUCACCUACCCUGAGGAUUACGGGGACAUCGAAAUCGGAUCUCUUAAGAGCUCGUCUAGCAACCUGGGCGACAACGGUUACAUGCCUAUGACACCUGGCGCAGCAUUGCAAGGCGGGAAAAACGAAAGCUACAUGCCCAUGAGCCCCAUGUGCGUGUCUGCCCCCAAACAGAUCAUUAACCCCCGGUCCCACCCCCAGACCGUAGUGAACGGGUUGCGGACUGACUCCCCCAGUGGCUGUGGCUCCCUGGACGACAGCGGGUACAUGAGGAUGUGGUGUGGCUCCAAGCUGUCUAUGGAGAGCUCUGACGGGAAGCUGACCAACGGGGAGUACAUGAACAUGUCGCCCAUCGACCCCUGCGUCUCUCUGACGCCCACCGACUACCUCCUCAGCUCUCUGGUGGGCGAGCACCCGCGACCCGCCAACAUUUUCACCCUGCUGCCUCGCGGCUGCAAAGCACAAACGCCCCAAAAUGGAGAUAGCGACCAAUACGUGAUGAUGAACCCGCAGGGUCAGAAGGCGGCAGAUGAGUCGAACUACUGCGCGAUUUCCCCCGGCUCCAUGGUGACCAUGAUGCACGUGGCGCCCGCGCUCGCCAGGCAGAGUGGCAGGAACGAGAUCCUGACGCACAGAGGGAGAGCCAGCAGACCCUCCAGGUUGAUCUUGGACACGCUGAUGACUUUGCCAAGUAUGAAUGAGCAUCCUUUGCCCACCGAGCCAAAAAGCCCCGGGGAGUACAUUAACAUAGAUUUUAGCGAAGCCCCCCGCUGCUCGCCGCCUUCCCUGUCCACCGAGAGCCCGGCGUCCUCGCUAGGCUCCAGCGGCCAGAGGAGGUCUCCCCUCUCCGAUUACAUGAACAUUGAUCUGAGCAAUGCACAGUCACCAAAACCGGGGGACGCCCCCGCAGCUCCCUCUGAGUCUAAACUGUCUUCACACCCCUGCCAGCCCGAGGAGGAGUACCUCAAGGCGAAGAUCGGCUCAGUCUGCCUCCCCGGCUCCGCAAAAGACGACUACACGGAGAUGGCGUUUGGCAUCGCUGGCACCCCCCUCCAGCCGAUUUCGCAGACCGCCGAUGGCGCCCAAACCACCAGCCCCACCAACGGGGUGAAGGGUCUGACCCUCAGUGACCAGGGGGCUCCAGUGUUGGAGGCAUUUCUAGUGUCCUGUUCCACCGUGGAUCCGGACCGGGGGGCCAAAGUGAUCCGGGCCGACCCCCAGGGACGCAGGCGACACAGCUCUGAGACCUUCUCCUCAACCACCACUGUCACACCCGUCUAUCCCUCCUUUGCCCACGAUCCCAAGAGGCACAGCUCAGCCUCGGUGGAGAACGUUUCGGUCCGGAACUGCGAGGGCUCGGACGAGGAGUACGGGAGUCCCAUGUGUCGUAAGACCUCGGCAGGAUUUCAAAACGGACUCAACUACAUUGCCUUAAACCUGAUGGAUGGAAAUCUGGGGAACUGCGAGAAUAUAGCCAGGCUGAAAGCUGCCAGCUACUGCAAAGGGGGCAUCAACGGUAUUCAUGCUACCCCUUACGUCAGCCUUGGAUUCAACGAGACAGCCACCACAGUUAAAGAUUAACCAGGGUGCCGCUCUCCCCUCUCUCUUUCCUGUGAGUGGACGAGCAGACGCCAUGAAAGGAGUGGCCAGGCGAGUGGAUGGAUCAUGUGCUGCUGUAGACGACCUCCUGACCCCCAACCCCCCCGCCCCCCCCCCC